GAAAUAUCUAGGGUUCAUCGUCAACGGACAGGCCCGAGAAGGCUAGAAUAAUUAGGCGGGAAAAUUAAAUUCAUUCUGGAGUCUACCAAAUUUCUGGGCGCCAAAAUCAAAGUAAAUGAUGAUUGAGGCGUAAUGCAAUCAGAUCGAACCCCAAAUCAAAUUCCACGCAAUUCAUGCAAUGCAAUCGAAGAUCAGUGCCUUCUUCAAACCCUCUCCUUCUUUUUCAAUAAAAGUAGCAGACGCACCUCCGACUUUGAGCGACGGAGACGACAACGAAUUGGCCAUCUGGGAAAAGACGCAGCACCAAUAUUGUAACACCUACAAGCGAAGAGAUCGAAACCUUCAAAGGGGUGAAAGUGACAAAGUUUCAGUUAACCAGUUGGCGGAGAGACCCAUUUUAGAUAAUAAUUCUGGGAAGCCAAAAUCAUCCACAUUGGGAAGAACAGUGGUGAAGAACAAGAAGAGAAGUUAUGCUCAGUUUUAUUUAGAGUUUGGUCAGUCUGAUUUUAAUCUGCACAUAUGUUCCACCUGUGGGGUCAAGUAUACCGCUGGAGAAGAAGAGGAUGAGAAGGCUCACAAGGCAUUUCACAAGGACUAUACCCGUGGAAUUCAAUUCAAGGGAUGGUGCAAUGAAAGGGUUGUACAUACGCCUUCGGCUGAAGGAGGUCGGAUUGUUUUGGUGUUAGAUUGUGACCCUCCUGCUCAGAGAAACAAGGUUGGGGAAGUUGUGAAGAUGAUGGAGAGUGAACUUGGAAGUGGAUGGAUUAUGCACAAGUUGUGUAAGGUGUAUCUGUUCAUUUUGUCCCAAAGGAUUGUUGGGUGUCUAGUUGCAGAGCCAAUAAAAGAAGCACACAAAGUCCUCUCAUGUGCAGUUAAUGGAAGUUCUGAUGGUACUACUACAAAUGAACCAAAACUAACCACUCUCCAAUUUGGGGAUAUCAGAUUUCAAAGGGAAGUCAUGAGAAAAGCCCCUUCUGUUCCUGAAGCUUUGAACGAGAAUCUCAACGGUGCUAUAUUUUGUGAAGAGGAAGCAGUGCCUGCUGUCUGCGGCAUCAGAGCCAUUUGGGUCACUCAAGCUAACAGAAGAAAACACAUAGCCACCCAGUUACUGGAUGCCCUGAGGAAAAGUUUCUGCAUGGGAUUUGUCCUUGAACACUCUCAAUUGGCAUUCUCUCAACCAACAUCAGCUGGAAAGGCUUUGGCAUCCAGUUAUAUUGGUGGUGGAUAUUUUUUGGUGUACAAAACCAACAAUCUUAAAGGUCCAGAUUCUAUUUAAAUGAAUCUUCAUUACAAUUUACAUGCUCG